CAAUCUCGUCUAGUGAUUCACGUUAUAAACAACUAGCUGCUAGUGUAAUUCUGAGCUCUAUGGCAGUGCUUAUUCGGUGAAACGGUAUCACACCAUAAUAUACGUUGUCAAAAUGGACAAAAAGGACUUGAUUGACUGGGGAGGAAAUGCAGCUGAAGAGGGGAAUCGUGUGAGAAAAGCCGGAAACUUAUCUAAAAAUGUCCACACUGGUCUUCCUUCGCCACUUGCAGAUCACGCGAGAUGUUCUCUAAUUAAAGGCGACUUCAUCUACUUCCAUUAUGGCUGUGAUGGACAAGAUGACAGAGGCUGGGGAUGUGGAUACCGCACCAUCCAGACCAUGGCUUCCUGGCUUUUACUGAACUUUUCUCCACCCAAGGGCCAACACACACCUCCACCGAGCCUCCCAGAAAUACAACAUGCUCUGGUCACUAUGGGGGACAAGCCAGGUUCAUUUUCAGGAUCUAGGGAGUGGAUAGGAACAUUUGAGGCCUCACUGGUCCUUGACUACUUCUAUGAUGUGCCCUGUAAGGUGGUCCAUGUCAGAGGAGGAGGGUCAGAGCUGGAGCAGGUUGCAGUUGCAGAGCUCCAUCAGCACUUUGAGAAGCAUGGAUCUCCAGUCAUGAUGGGAGGAGACAGGGACAACUCCUCCAAGGGGAUUGUAGGGGUGUGCACUGGGGAGAAGGGGAGCUACCUGCUGAUUGUUGACCCUCACUACUGUGGACGUCAGCUGGAGAAAGCAGAGUUGCAAAGCCGUGGGUGGGUGGCGUGGAAAAGAGUUUCAUCCCUUGAUCAGUCAUCGUUUUAUAAUCUGUGUUUGCCUCAAACUCAAAAAAUAUCUAAUUAAGUGACCUCAAAGCUCAUAUUUGUGGAUGAAUAUGAGAAUGUGGGAUUUCCUUUUCCAUUGAUUCUACAUGUAGAGCUCAGUAGAGUCUUGGUGAAUUCUGAAUCUCUCUGCUUUCUUUGACAAAAUGUUGUGCUUUGCAUUCAUUUAUUUAAACCAGUUCCUUAUCCCAAUAUGAAAAAUUUAAAUAAAGCUCUAUGACAACAACAUU